AUGGACGGGGAAGAUAUUGUUGUCAGAUUAACUGUGAACUUAACAUUACCGAAAUCAGACUUCUGCACAUGGGAUGGCCGAUACUUUACGAAAUGCUCAGUAAUUAUGAACGAUACCAUGCAAACCAGCAAAAGCAAUGGAAGUCAAAUUUCAAUUACAGCCCCAAUGGCAAAAGUCAACAUAAACCCUGGAGUCGAUUAUACUGAAGGCGAUCUGGUAACAUUUAAUUGUUCCACUAAUAUAGACCCAAAUUAUAGUGAAGUAAGUCUUGAAAUAAAUUCUUUUGUGAUGGACCAAUUAAUUAUGUCACCCAUUCCAUCGGAAAGAAAUUCUGACUGCUCCGUGAAUGCUACGUGGUCUGCUAGGUCACCAAAUCCUCUGACGACAAACGAAAAUGGUGUUGUAAUUCGAUGCAUUGUCAAAAACUCUUUGCUGGAUAAAAGCGAGACAAUAGAAAAGACACUAAAUGUGUCUGCUGUAGACGUCGCUUUUUCCAAAUAUUCUUAUUCGACGCUGACAAAAGAAGUUCAAGUGAUAGAAUGCAUAUCCCGCGGUUCAUCCUCAAUCUUGCAGAAUAUGACAAUUAUUAGAGAUAGUGCUGAGAUUGUUACUUUGAACGGAUCGGGUACACCUAUGAUUCUCACAUCAGAGAAUAGAUACACAGUGACAAAAGAAAAUGAUGCCGAUGAUAUAAAGCUCAUUUUAAGAAUAAAAACAGCUGACUGUGAAGACCAGGGUACAUAUAGAUGCAGUGUUUUAACGACGAAAAAUGAUUCCAGAAGUUCUCCGCGCAUGACCUUCAAUGUUUUAGGUGCCACACCUACCUUGACCCUGAAUCCUGAUAUUUAUGAAAGGUUUGCAAGGCCAGGCUUAAAUCAUAUUUGUAGGACGACACACACUGGAGACAUUCAAAGUGAUAAAUACCUAGAAAUUCAAGUUUAUCGUCCAAACGAUACAUCUGGAUUUAGAUACUCAAAGAAAUUACCGGAAUCAGAAAAGGAGUUUAAUUCUAAAGACAACAUAACAUAUAUUAACAUUGCUGGGACUACUGCCCGCUUUCUCCUUGUUUCUGAUUUUUCUACGAACAAUUCCUGUAACAAUACCCAGACCAUUGUAUUUUUAUUGGAUCGAGCAAUGGAGUUUGACAAAGGAAUUGUUAAAUGUGUUUUGAGAGAUGAUAAUUUUGAAUAUGCAUCUGCAGCGAAAAACAUAACUGUUAUUCCAGAUGAAUAUUGUUUUGGUUACGAAGAUAUACCAAAGCGAAAUCAUCCAAACAACGAUUGUCAUUACUUCGUGAAUUGUGCAGAGGUCGGUGGUCGUAUGUAUGCAACGGGAGACAGCUGUAGACGUCCCGGUGAAUGCAUGGACUUCAGUCUUGAUUAUUGCGUCGACUGUGACGAAAAUUUUACCUGUAAAAGUCCUGAACCAGUAACAACAACAACUACAUUAGCUCCGGGAAAAACAUAUGUACAAUGUGCUGAUGUCUCCCAGAAAGAAGGUUCACCUAUCACAAUCAACUGCACAGUCCUCGAUGACACAUUUCAAAGCCUGAAUGUAACUUUGACUUCAUCUUCUAAUUUAAAUAUUGAAGAAAUUGUGGGCGUUAUAUUACCUGAUGGAACAAUUAAAAACCAAGCAAGAUCAUCCCCAGUUUUAAGUACAACAUUCUCUGUGAGUUCUAAAUAUAUUCAUUUAAUCAUUGCUUCAUCUUCAUGUAUGGAGGAAGGAAAAUACCUCCUGACAGACACAAACGUCUCCAUGGACACACAACCAUCGAUCUCAGAUUUCUACUUUGAUAACUUAGUUCCUGUGAAAGAGCUUACAAUCAAUAGUGAAUCGAUGUACAAGGAAGGGAAGCCAUUAAUGUUUAACUGCACGGCUACAGUUGAUUCCGACCAUACCGAACUUCUAGGAUACUACAAGCUUCCAGCUGAUAAUUCAUUUGUAAAAGUACAGGGAGAACAAACUAUUUUACAAAAAUUUACUCAAAACUGUACCAAAUCAGUGAUAUCGAUGUUUGAUACGGGUUUGAUAGUCUCGGCAAAUCUAAACGGAACUAAGCUGAAAUGUCUGUACAACGAAAUUAGCCCAGAAGUCUCUGAAGAAAAAAAUGUUAAGAUACAGUCGGCAGACGUUGCCUUUAAUACGUAUAAACUAAAAGCAGAAUUACAAAGUAAAGCAAACUUUACCUGUCUCGUAAGGAGUACUGGGUCUUAUAAAGCAAUAAAGAUCUUGAAAAUAAUCAACAGCACAUCAAUGAUGGAAAUGGCUUCAUAUACAUCAUCAUCUGAUUCAGUACAAAAUAUAGCCGGGGUUGAUGCAAAUUUCAGCAGCAAUGCUCUAACCUUGAUAUUUGCCUCAGUAAUGUGCUCUGACGAAGGGCAAUAUAAUUGCACUGUGAUCAUGGAUGAUGAUGCGGAACUUCAGCCCCCACUUUCCCUUGAUGUUCAAGUAACAACAUCACCAGGCUUCUCAACGGUCGAAUUGUUUGUGAACCCAGACAUUGUUGAAAAUAAGGAUUCUGGAACUCAUCAUUGCCUUGGUCCUGUUGGGUACCCGGAAGUUGGAGGUCAUUUAGAGAUUACCUUUGUCCAUCCUUUAAUAAACUAUAAUAUAACGCUUAAUAAAAAUAGCUCAAGGACUAUUUUGGGCAACGAAAUAAAAAUUAAAAGCACUUUGGAACCUUUUACUAAAGAUGAGUGCAAAAAUAUGGAAAAGAUUUCUUUCACAAUAAAUUCUACAAAGAACUGGAACAAAGGAAAAAUAAUCUGUGAAGUUAAAAAUGGAGAACAUAAGGCAACCAAAGACGAUAUUUUCUUUGUUAUUGAUGGAUCAUUCUGCAAUUCUACGAACAACCAAGAAAUUUAUUUUGACCAUGAAAAAGAGGACUUUUGUAACACCUAUAUACAAUGCAGUGGAGGGAAACCUUUUGGAAGAUCUUGUAAGCCAAACCGGUGUGUGUACAUUGGUAAAACGUAUUGUGAAGACUGUUCCACUGCUGUAUGUUCAGAAGGAGUUACAACUACAGAAGUCACAUUAUCAAGUUUUGAAACAACACCAGUACCUGGUCCUCGUUGUAAGUUUCUCUUCAUUGUACAUCACCGUCUGUAUAUGAAGGAGAAAGUGCAACGAUUCCAUGUUCACUGA